AUGUUGCAAGCAUUGGGAGGAUCAGUGCCUCCAAACACUGACCAUGCCGUCAGUGUAUCUUUACCAACAUGGAGGGCCAACGUCGGCUAUGAGGAAGGAGAGGAUUGGGUGAUGAAGAAAAUGGUGUGCGGUUAUCCCCGAUUCUUCGUUCACCCGACUAUUCAAAAGCUCGCCCAAGAGAUUGUUCGUCGCACCGGUAACCCCGACCUUGAAUCAGCGACUCUUUUCGCAUCGAUCAAAUCUGCGCGGAUCUGCCACACGUUCGUCCUCGGUAAAAUCCCAGCGGAUCAGGCAUACAAAGUGCGCAUCGUGAAUUUCAUUCCAUCCCCGCACACCGAGGCCGGAUCGACCGUGACGUCUUCUCUGUCGUGUGUCAUCUACCCGAAGGAAUAUGCCCCUCUCACCAAGCAGGUGUGGCAGCAUUCUGGAAAUGGAAUCUCCAGCCGACGUGGUGAAUUCUGUCUCGGUGCAUUGGAGGACGGUUUCUUGGUGGAGGAUAAAGGUACUGCAACUGCCGAAUCGAUCUCGCAGCGCCCUUGCAAAGGGCCACGGAGAUACCAAAGCAAGAAUGGCGCCAGAAAGGGCUCCGUCGGUGAUUCUCCUCCAAGGGAGAAUACCGAAGAUGGCCGAGAUUACGCCCAGUUCAUCGAGGAGCGCUUUGGACGCAACCUGAGCACUUCCCUUGCCACUCAGGCCAAGCAAGCUGUUCGCAAGCGCAUUGCCGGUGUCUUGACCGCCGAUGUUGAUCUGUCGGAGGCUUUGGCAGUGACCUCGUCCGAAGGCCGAGUGGCUGGCAUCUCAGAGGAGGAUGUGUUGCUCUAUCCUUCCGGCAUGAAUGCUAUUUUCAAUGCUCAUCAGACUUUAUUGGCCACUCGAGGAGAGUUGCCAUCUAUCUGUUUUGGGUUCCCUUAUACGGAUACUUUAAAAAUUCUCCAAAAGUGGGGGCCAGGUUGUCAGUUCUACGGUCACGGCUCCUCCGAAGACCUCGAUGAUCUCGAAGCCCGCCUGAAAUCCGGUGAACGCUUCCUGGGGCUUUUCACUGAGGCUCCAGGCAAUCCUCUCCUCAAAACGCCGGACCUUAAGAGAAUCCGGGCCUUGGCAGAUCAAUAUGGAUUCGCCGUGGUGGUCGAUGAGACGAUCAGUAAUUUCCUCAAUAUCAACAUCUUGCCUUUGGCUGAUAUCGUCGUCAGUAGCUUGACCAAGAUAUUCAGCGGAGACAGCAACGUCAUGGGAGGAAGUGCGGUCCUCAACCCUAAUGCACAGUAUUACGCAGCCCUCAAACAAACAUAUGAGCGGGAGUAUGAAGACAUCUACUGGGCUGAGGAUGCAGUAUUCCUCGAGCGAAACAGUCGGGACUUUGUGACUCGCAUUGAACAGAUCAACUCUACCACCGAAAACAUCACAGCUAUGCUGAAGGAAUCACCUUUAGUGAAAGAGGUCUACUACCCCAAAUAUAGCCCCACCAGGCCGCUUUACGACAGUUUCCGUACCCCCAAUGGAGGAUAUGGCGGUCUCUUUUCGGUCACAUUCCAUUCCAACGCCGAGGCCAUUGCUUUCUAUGAUACCUUGGAGGUCUUGAAGGGACCCAGUCUCGGGACAAAUUUCACUCUCAGCUCUCCAUAUGUCCUCCUGGCCCACUAUGGAGAACUAGACUGGGCGAGAUCCUUCAACGUCGAUCCGGACCUCGUGCGCAUCAGCGUUGGAUUAGAAGAGGUGCCGGAUCUGCGUGCCAGGUUCCAAAGAGCCCUGGACGCAGUCCAAAGCACCAAGCAAUAG